CGGGGCUGGGAGGAGGGGCGGGUCCAAGGGAGGGAUCGAGGCUGAUGGACAGGUCAGGGGAGGCCCAGAUUGCAUCUGAGAGGCGGGGCCAGGGGCGGGACCGGGAUGGGGGGGGGAGCAGAAAUUAAAACUGGGGGCGAGGCCAAGGCAGGAUUGAGUUGAGGCCUUAGUGCGAUGGACGUUAGUAGGCGGGACCAGGGCGGGUUUGAUUCUGAGGGGGCGUGGCCGCGGCUGACUUGCAAAUAAGGGGCGGGGCCAUAGCGGGAUUGAGGCUGAGGGCCGGCCCAGAAGGGGUUGCGGCUGGGGGGCGGGGCACACGCAGUGGGAAGGCUAAGUGAAGCGAAGAUGAGGCCGGAGGUUCUGAGGAGUCCCGGCACUUUGGGGCAAGUCCCUGAGCUCCCUCAACUAGGCCCUAGGCUGGGCCUGGCUGCUGCAGCCCCAGGGUCUGGAGGAGGCAAGAUCACGCACCCGGGAAAGGCGAUCCUGGCCGGUGGGAUCGCGGGCGGCAUCGAAAUCUGCAUCAGCUUCCCCACCGAGUACAUCAAGACGCAGCUGCAGCUGGACGAGAGGGCCAAGCAGCCGCGCUACACCAGCAUCCUUCACUGUGUGAAGCUGACCAUUCAGGAGCACGGCUUCCGGGGCCUCUACAGGGGCCUCAGCUCCCUGCUCUAUGGCUCCAUCCCCAAGUCGGCCGUGAGGUUCGGCAUGUUUGAGUUCCUGAGCAAUCGCUUCCGAGAUGCCGAUGGCAAACUGAGCAACAGAAAGAGCUUUCUCUGCGGUCUCGGGGCCGGUGCCACGGAGGCCGUGGUUAUUGUCUGUCCUCUGGAAACCAUCAAGGUGAAAUUCAUUCACAAUCAGACGUUCGGAGAAAUUAAAUACCAAGGAUUCUUCCACGGAAUCCGUGAGAUUGUGAGGGUACAAGGCGUGCAAGGAAUCUACCGGGGCCUCACGGCCACCAUCAUCAAGCAGGGAUCCAACCAGGCCAUCCGCUUCUUCACAAUGACCUCCCUCCGCAACUGGUACCAAGGUGACAAUCCCCAGAAAAAGAUCAACCCUUUCAUCACAGCCACCUUCGGGAUGACCGCAGGAGCCGCCAGCGUCUUUGGCAACACCCCAGUUGAUGUGGUAAAAACACGGAUGCAGAGCCUGGAAGCGAACAAGUACAAAAGCACGAUUGACUGCAUCUCCCAGAUCUAUAAAAAUGAGGGCCUGCUGGCGUUUUACAAGGGAACUAUUCCGCGCCUUAGCAGGGUUUGCCUGGACAUGGCCGUUGUCUUUGUCCUGUAUGAGGAAAUCAUGAAAUUUCUCAACCUGAUCUGGGUAACCAAUUGGUAAGCAGGGCGCGGGUAGCUCUGUCCCUGUGGCCCACGGCCCUCUGUGGCCCUCGAUCCUCCGGAGGGUCCCUGGAAGCUGACGGCUGAGCUGGGGAUUCUGGUGCUUUGGGGGCUGUGUCCCUCCUGUCCCUCUAAGCCCCCAGGGGAAGGGGCCCGCCCUCUUCUGUGGCCAUGACUUGUUUGGAAGAUUGGGCCCACUGCCCUGGGGCUUUGCCUUGACUUUGCCAUGGCCUUGCGCUGUUGACCUGAGCACUGCCUUGUCUCCUUUGCCCCCUCCCCUCCCAGAGGAGACCGCCAGGUGGACGCCGGCUGUGGCCAGGGAAGGCCCUGAGACUGCCAAUGGCAUGGGUGGUGGGAGUCACCAUCCAUCUCCAUUGGCACCCGCCUUGGUGGGCAUCGGGCACGAGCCCCCAAUCCCAGCUUUUCUUUAAACCUCGGCUAGAAUUUGUCAGCAGCAUGAGCUUUAGCCCUCCCUUCUCUAAAGGAGGGGGGACCAAAGCCUCUUCUGUGGGAGCCGCCAGCACUCGGCCAGUGCCUGGGGGCCCUCCUCGUGGGCCUGCAUUUUGCUGCCACGAAGGAGCCUGGAGCGCAGCCAAAGUGGACAAAGACAAGGGGACGAGAAGGGGGAUUGGGGGGAGCAGCCACCUGGUUCAGAGGCAGAGGUGGGAGAGCGGCUGAGGCAGGAGGGCUCCCGUGUUCCCCAGAACCACCCACAUUGUUCUGUGACCGCCGUGGCUCUUGGGGCCAGGGCAGAGCCCCCCAGGGGGUCCGCUGCCCGAGGACCUUCACUCCCGGCGUGACCUGGAUGCUUUCUCAGGCUGUAUUUGUCCCAUUUCUGAUGAUACUGAUUCCCAUGUUCUAACUUUUCUUUCUUGCCAAGAGACUCAAUAAAUCUUUUGAGUGAAGUUGUUUAAAAGGCUUCAGAA